AUGCCUCCCAGGAAACGCACUGUUCUCAUAACGGGAUGUUCUGACGGCGGUCUCGGUGCCGCCCUCGCACUGGCCUUUCACAAACAUGGCGACCGCGUCUUUGCAACGGCACGCAUUCCCUCGAAAAUGUCAUCGUUGCAAGCCAUUGGCAUCGAAACUCUGCCCUUGGAUGUCCUCUCCGAAGACUCCAUCAGGUCUUGCGUGGAGAAAGUGUCAUCUUUGACAGACGGCUCAUUGGACAUGUUGGUCAAUAACGCCGGGGCCGGAUUGAACAUGCCAGUCCUUGAUGUUUCGAUCGCUGAGAUUGAAAGGCAGUUCGAAAUCAAUGUAUUCAGCGCCAUCCGGAUGAUACAGCUGUUUUUCCCGCUGCUGCGCAAUUCAACGGCAGAGCACAAGAUGAUUGUGAACAAUAGCUCCUGUGGUUCGGUUCUAGCCCUGCCGUUCGUGGGACCAUACUCGGCUUCAAAAGCUGCCCUCGCCAGUUUUAGCGAGACAAUGCGGCUUGAAAUGCAAGCAUUCGGAAUCAAGGUCAUUGAUUUACGGACCGCAGGCGUGAGGUCCAAAUUCUGGGCCAACGUCAAUGACGAAAUGAGAUCUAGUUUACCAGAGAAGAGCCCCUACACGCCGGGCAAGGACAUUGUGGAAAAGUUUCUUGCUCAAGGUCCGGACGUAAGUCUCAUGGAUGCGGACGUCUGGGCCAACAAAGUGGUGAGGGAUUUAUCCAAGCGUGGCGGAAAGGGGGCCCCGCAUCAAAUCUGGAGGGGACAAGGAGCGACGUUUGCAUGGUUCGGAACAAAGGUAUUGCCCGUGGGAUGGCUGGAUGUAUUCGUGAAGAAGCUUACGGGGCUGGAUGUUGUGGAGGCGAGAAUAAAAGGGGAGAAGGAAAAGGUGGUAUGA